AACAAAAUCCUUAAGCGUGAUUAGCUUCGCUUAAUGACAGUGACUUAAUCGCAUAAACAAAUCCCAUUCCUUCUAAUACCCGCCAUUUCACACUCCCUCCCUCCGUCACUCGAAGCGGAAUCUUCAGCGAACUCUGCAAGUUUGGUAAUGUGAAAAAUGCCGGAGCAGAGACCGGGUUUCCGAGUCCGCGACCCGAGCCCCGACUCCGUAAUCUUCGCCUUAGAGUCCAACUUCAGCCUCUUCUCCUCCGCCUCCGCCAGCGUCGACCGCUCCGAGAUCUCUCCGCAGAACUCGGCCGCACACGAUCGCCGCCACGAGGAAAGCUCGAGUGGUCCAGAUCGCGAUCCGGAUCCGAACAGAAUCCACGCUUUUCAGCACACUCGCCGUCUCUCCGCAAAAGGAGGAAAAGCCAAAGUUCAAAAGGAGGACUCCGACUCGGAUUUAGUCCUCGAUUCCGCCAGAAGCUCCUUCUCUCUCGCCCUCAAAGAAUGCCAGGACCGGCGGUCCAGAUCUGAAGCUCUAUCGAAGAAGCUAGACCGGCCGAGACCAGCCUCGUUGGAUUUGAACAACAAUGCAUCAGUGUCCUCGCCGAGAUUAGGCGCGAUAAAGAAGGGUUCAAUGGCGUCUCGGAAAUCGGCCAACUUCCCGAGUCCAGGCACACCGAGUUACCGGCACACGAGUCUCGGUGUUCAAAAGGGUUGGAGCUCGGAGCGGGUCCCGUCGCAUACCAAUGUGGGUCGGAAGAAUACGGCGGCUGUGAUGUUGCCGUUUAAUAACGGAAGGACAUUGCCGUCGAAGUGGGAAGAUGCCGAGAGGUGGAUUUUGAGUCCGGUUCAAGGGGAUGGUGUGGUGAGGCCGUCGAAUCAGCAGACUCAGAGACGGCCCAAGUCAAAGAGCGGUCCGCUUGGGCCUCCUGGGGUUGCGUAUUACUCGUCGUACUCGCCGGCCAUGCCGAUGUUUGAUGGGACCAAUGUGAGUAAUUUCAUGGCUGCUUCUCCGUUUUCAGCUGGUGUUAUAUCAGCUGAUGGGUUGGGGUUCCAAUCCGGUGCCCAAAAUGGCGGCUUUACAACGCGGGCAGAGGCCUGCAUUGCCCGUUCGGUUAGUGUUCAUGGUUGCUCUGAGGUGCUGGAGCAGCAAUCUUCACUGCCCGACUCUCAAGAUGAAAAGUUUGAUGGCCGUGAUGGGGUCAAGGAUGAGGCUACGAAUGUAUGUCGUGCCGUUUCAAGAAGGGAUAUGGCAACCCAGAUGAGCCCAGAUAGCUCUCAUUCAUCUCCCACGGCACGGGCUUCUUACUCUGCCUCCACUUCCUCUGGUCUGCCUAUUAUGGAAGUGCAGAGUGCGGCUUCUUCAAAGUCGGAAGUCAGGGAUGUGCAGGUAGAUGAACGGGUCACUGUGACAAGGUGGUCCAAGAAGCAUAAAUCCCGAAGAUCUGGGAAGGGUUCUCAUUUUGGUGAUAGUUGGAAAAAGAAAGAUGCAGACGUUCGAUCUGCUGCUUGGGAUCUCUCUGACACAUCGAAGAGCAUUUCAAAAGUUAAUAGAGAGGAAGCAAAAAUCAUUGCUUGGGAGAACCUGCAGAAGGCGAAAGCUGAGGCAGCAAUACGGAAAUUGGAGAUGAAGCUGGAAAAGAAGAGAUCAUCAUCCAUGGAUAAAAUCAUGAACAAGUUGAGAUCAGCUCAGAAGAAAGCGCAAGACAUGAGAAGCUCAGUUGUAGACGACCAAGCACAAGUUGCAAGAACCUCACGCAAAGCUUUAUCAUUCCGAAGAACUCGUCAUAUGGUUUCUUUGAGUGAUUGUUUUACAUGUCAUGUUUUGUGAUGCCUUCCAGCCACGUGUUGCUCCACUCGAGCGAUAAAGCAAGACUAAAUUCAGGACACAAAUGAACGGUGUACAGCAGUUAGCAGCUACUAUUUUGACACUCGAUCAGCGUCAACGCGGUUUUAUAGUGGCACGAAGCACCAAUGCCUGAAGUUCAGUUGGAGAUGACCCUACCCGGUGAGAAAAUUCUUGGUGUGACUAAUAAUGCUUGUGUGUAUGUAAAUCAAAGACUUCAGAUUGUAUACUCUGUUCAAUUUUUUUCUAAACAAUGAAGCUUCUUGUGCAAAUGGAACUACAAUCGUCUUCUCUA